CGAUGCUCCGCCCAGUUGUUUUUUACCCACGUGUGUGCAGAAAUUUGUAUUUUUAUCAGCUCGUUUCUGUCUUAGUGUGUCUGUUUUAGAGUCUCAUAUUAUUUAUCGACAUGGAUCUCGCCUCCAAGGAUUCAUACAUGCAAAAGUUUGCCAGUAAAGUCUUUUCUCAACGAGACCAGGAGCCGAGGAAGAGACCUUUUGCUAAGGGUCAAAAUGACACUGGUGCUCCUAAGAAAAAGAAGAAAAAGUGUAAAAAGAAAAAUUUCAAAGAAAGGAGCGGCGACGAGAAGAAACCUGCUCCCAAAUCACAACAGAAGCCUUCAGGUGCUCCAGGAAAACAGAACACUCCAGCCGCGGGAAAACUGACUGAGUCCAAAGCCAAGAGCGUAAACGGAGCUACAGCACAGACACCUACAGGAGGAAAUGCCAAGUCCAACUUCUCCACAGUAGAUGUUCUACGAAAGAGGCUACAUGAAAAGAUUGAGGAGUCCAGAGGCCAGGGAGCCCCAAAGAACGCUUUAUCCGAGGCAGUCCAGGCAAAGCGAGCAAAACGAAAGCUUGAACGAGAGCGCAAGAAGAGGAAGAGAAAAGAGUUCCGGAUGAAGAAACUGGCUGAAGAAAGCGGCCAAGAGCAGGAGCCGGAGAUAAAAAAGGAAGCGGAGCAAGCCCCGGCCGCGAGCAAAAGAAAUGAAGUCGCCAUCAUCUUCAACAAAGUGGAGACAGUGGAUGAGGAGUACGUGGACAAAAUCCUGAAAAAGAAGAACAAGAAAGAGAACGUUAAAGGUCAGAUAACGCCGCUGACGGGGAAGAACUACAAGCAGCUGCUCAGUCGCGUCGAGGCUCGCAAAGCAAAGCUGGAGCAGCUGAGGGAGAAAGACGAGGGGAAGGCUCAAGAGCUGGAGAACAAGAUGAAGUGGACCAACAUGCUCUAUAAAGCAGAGGGACUCAAGAUCAAAGACGACGAGGACAUGCUGCGAGCCUCGCUGAAGAAAAAGGAGAAGAAUCGCACUCAGAGGCAGAAGAAGUGGAACCAGCGUAGCGAGAACAUCGUAGAGAAGAUGCAGCACCGGCAGGACAAGAGAAGAAGAAACCUCCUGAAACAAAAGAAAGCCAAAACGGAGAAGAAGAAGAACAGGGCGAGAAAGAAGGGCCGAGUGUUGCCCGAGGACUUGAAAAAAGCUGCGGUGUAGUGGGGAAUGUGUUUUGUCUAAAAUAUGUCUAAAUAAGUUUAAAAUGAUCUUUUUAAAGACAUGAUACAAAGUUCUACUGCUGAUUGUACACAUUGUACCUUCUUUUCUGUCUAGGAGUGAUGUGAUGUGUG